UGACCUUUAUAUGUAAGUCUUCCACUCAAGCCUGCCUGGAGUCAGAGCGCUAGCUUUAGAGCAUCCAAACCCGCAAGUACAACAUAUCAUUGAUGGCGAGCUUACCGCAACUCUCGGCUGUACUCGCCACAGCCUUCGUGACAAUCGUUAUUGCCGCUGUCGCCUACAGACUUUUCGCCACUCUGAUCCUACACCCACUAGCUAAGGUUCCGGGUCCAAAGUACGCAGCUAUCACCAAGUACUACCAGUUCUACUACGAUGUGGUCCUGCGCGGCCGCUUUCCAUGGGAGCUCAAGCGCCUGCAUGAGCAGUAUGGUCCCGUCGUCCGUAUAGGUCCAAAUGAGGUUCACGUCGCCGAACCCAACUUCUACGACGAGCUCUAUACGGGGAUUGCCCGCCCGCGCCACCGCGAUCCAUGGGAAGUCCAAGGUUUCGGCUUGCCGGAUGCAGUCCUCUGUAGCCCGGAGUUCGACAUCCACCGUAUGCGAAGAGCGGCGCUGAACCCGUACUUCUCUACGCAAGCAAUAGGUCGCAUUGAGCCGGUCGUGCGUAGUAAGCUCGAUUUGCUGUGUGGUAGGCUUGAGGAUGCUCUUGAAACUCGUAAGCCGGUGGAUGUGGAACUAGCCUUUAUGGCUUUGACGACCGAUAUCAUCACGGAAUACUGCUUUGCGCGCUCGUACAACUUCAUCAAGCACCCAGACUUUGCGCCGGAUUGGUUGAAGGCGACUGUCGGUGCAGUCGAGGCGUCAAUGUUAGGAAGGUACCUACCCUUUCUUCCGGCGGUCAUGAAGGCUAUGCCACCUUGGCUUGUAAAGAUGCUUAGUCCGCCAAUGAUGCAAUUAGUGAUAUACACCAAGGACCAAGAGAGCCAAGUCCAUGCCAUGAAGAACGGAGAGCGAGUAGAGGACAUGAAGCAGGGCCAACGAACCAUCAUCCACGAGCUUUUCGACAGUAACUUGCCGGAGUCGGAAAAGUCAGUGGAGCGUAUAGCACAGGAGGCACAAACGCUUGUCGCUGCUGGCUCGGCAACGACGUCGUACUUUCUCAAAUCAGUGGUCUAUUUUGUUCUUAGCGAUCCGGACGUGCUCAAGCGACUGCAAGCAGAACUACAAACAGCCAUCCCGGAUAUUAAAGAGUUGCCAUCGUCCGCAAAACUGCAGAGCUUACCUUACCUUGACGCCAUUAUCAAGGAGACGACCAGGACGGUGCCAGGCGCUUUCUGCCGCCUCGGCCGCAUAGCACCAAAUGAGGAUCUCAAGUGUGGGCAGUACGUACUCCCAAGAGGUACGGUCAUUAGCAUGAGCACCUGGAUACAGCACAACGAUCCGAAUCUGUUCCCAGAACCAGAAGCCUUCCAACCUGAACGAUGGCUCGACAAAAAGGCCGAAGACGGACGGUUGGAGAGGUAUCUGGUGCCGUUCAGUAAAGGAUCGAGAGGCUGUCUCGGAAUCAACCUUGCUCGUGUCGAGAUGUACUUGACCGUGGCAUUAUUGUUCCGGAGGUUUGACUUGGAGUUGUUCGAGACGGAUAGGGGUGAUGUUGAGCCGGCUCACGAGUUCUUUCUGCCCAUCUCGAAGCUGGGUUCAAAAGGGGUGAGGGUGAAGGUGAGAGGAUUACGCAGUUGAUGAGUGGUAAUAUUUAUCUAGAUCUUGAUACCUGCACUUCUUGCAUCGGUCUGGUAACAGCACGGGAGACUCGCC